GUUCCGGGUACCUGUCAAGUUCCUAUUAGAUCAGGAUGUUGCCGAUGUAAAGAAUCUUAAGGAGCCAACAUUAAGUAGAGGAGAAAUCCAACUACGAGACCUGUAAAAAUGACAUAAUAUUGAAAAAAUUAACAUUAAACAAAAUUAUUUAAUGGGGAAAAAAUUUCAGAUGUUUAAUAAUAUGCAGAGUUGAAAUAAAUCUGCUAAGAUGCAAAAGUUAAGAAUGAAGCCAAUGGAUAUUUGGCCACAAUGAACUUAUCGAAGGGGACAAGCAAGUCACAGUUCACAAGCAAUGACGACAUAUCAGUAGGAAAUGUAACAUCAGUUUCCACAUCGACCAACAAUGCCCCAGACCGACGGAUGAGCAAGUCCCUCCAUGAUGUCAGAGCAGGGACCAUGGAGGAGAAAACCAAUCGAAAUGAUGAAAAACGACCACCGCUGCCACCCGGUGGCACUAACCAGUCAGAAAAAGCAGGGGCCACAACUGGUGGGCCCAGUAGUGGCUCAGUUAAAUUGAGUAAAGAGAGUUCUGGCAAGAGUAUAAAAGGAGGAAGUCGUGAUUUAGAGAGUACCGAGGAAGAGGUGGUAAUCUGUUAUCAGGAUGAGGCUGUGACAGUUGGAGAGACAGGGGCGGGUAACUCUGUUAAGACAGAGGCACCCCCUCGACUGAUGAUCGUUUCAAGCAAGAUCCGUAACAGUAUGGCGCUUAGACAUGCAAUACUGCCUAAUGUGAUAUUUGUGCAAUAUAAAUUUGAUUCCACAUCCUUGGAAGGAAUUCUUAAUCUGGUGACGACGACCUUGAACUCCCGAAAGGUCAAUAGUAUAGCACUUAUCCUGAGCUGUGUUGGAUCGUCAAUACACAUAUCUGGUAAAGAUGAAAAAGUGAUUACUAAGGAAACUAUAUCAGAAUCUCAGCCAAUCAGGGACUUCUUUACAACUCUAGUCACCGAACAUCUGGACAAGACAAGUGAAGAUCUGCGAUUGGAUCUUUUAGCAUGUAAUGCUGUUCAACAUGGCGACUCAUCAACAAUCCUCAAGGAGAUUGAAUCUCUCAUUCAGCACCCAGUUACGAUGUCCAGAGAUUUAGUCGGAGCUGACCACAAUACCUUAGGGAAUAGUGUUGAUGUGAAAGUCACUUGUGUUGGAGAAUUUUACUUCAAAGUGGAGAAACUUCGCGGCUGGAGUGGACAACAGCAGCAGACUUUGGCUGGGUUUGAGAAAAUACAAACAGUCGGCAAAGGUGCGUAUGGUGCUGCAGUGCUGUACAAGAAGAAGGAUGAUGAUUCGCUAGUUAUCCUGAAGGAGAUCAAUAUGCAUGACCUGAACGCUGCAGAACGACAACUUGCCCUCAAUGAGGUAAACAUUUUGGCAUUCCUGGACCACCCAAACAUCAUCAGUUACUACGACAGUUUUGAAGAGGACGGUGUUCUUAUGAUAGAGAUAGAAUAUGCAGAUGGAGGGACCCUGGCUCAGUUCCUGGGCCAGCAAGAGAAGCCUCUGGAGGAGAAGAAUAUCCUGGCAAUGUUCCAGCAGAUCGUGGCGGCUAUUAGACACAUCCACGAACAUAACGUGUUACAUCGUGACCUGAAGACGGCUAACAUCUUCCUCACCAAGGAAGGAGUGGUCAAAGUGGGAGACUUUGGUAUCUCCAAAAUGAUGAGUUCCGCCAACAAGGGAGCUAACACUGUCCUGGGAACACCAUACUACAUCAGUCCAGAAAUGUGUGAGGGGAAGCCGUACAAUGACAAGUCUGAUAUUUGGGCACUAGGCUGUAUCUUGUAUGAGAUGGCUUGUCUACAGAAAACAUUUGAAGGUUCAAACUUACCUGCUCUAGUCAACAAGAUCAUGAAGGGUCAGUUUGCCCCAGUCAAAGAAAAUUAUAGUGGAGGAUUCAAGGAUGUUAUCAUGGAUAUGUUACGUCAGGAUCCGGAACAACGACCGUCUGCUCACGAGCUCAUGUACACAAGACUUCCAGAGUUGAUGAAUUCCUUUGAGGACCCAACAACCGACUGUGACGAUGAUCUCCUCCAUUCACAUGAGAGUAACCGUGACAACGCCAAAACUAAGAAGAAAACCAGGUCGUUAUUUUUCUACUUUGAGAGUUCCUCAGCUUCAAUCACGCCAAUAGAACUUCCACCUAAAAUCAAAAUCAGACAUGCAGCAGCAGGGGAGGACCAUGUGAUUGUUGUCACCGCAGAGAGACAAGUGUUUACAUGGGGGGAAGGGGGCAAAGGUCAACUGGGUCAUGGCAAUACUGAAUCAAAGGAGAAACCUACAUUGGUGGAGGCUCUCACAGGGAAAUCAAUAUCAAGAGGUUGCUGUGGUGCCGGGUUUAGUAUAUUUGCAAGUGACAACGGGAUAAUUCUGACUUGUGGUGAUGGGACAAAAGGCUGUCUGGGACACGGAGACUGGACGUCUACAUACCGACCACGUCUAAUUGAGUCCUUACUGAGUGUUGAUGUGAUUUCUGUGUCGUGUGGACCCAAACAUGUGGUGGUCAUCGGCAGUGAUGGUGAAAUAUUUUCGUGGGGGUGUGGUGGUGAUGGACGACUGGGACUGGGGAACGAGGAUGAUCAGUGUCAGCCUAUGGAGGUAAACAUCGUCGAGCCAGUUGUGGUACGCGACGUGAGAUGUGGGGUCGACGGCACCAUGUUUCGCACAGAUGUCGGUGGUGUGUUCGCCUGUGGCAGUAACCUUGAUAACAAACUCGGUCUUAACCACAGGCAGGGGUUCAUCAUGGCUAUGAAAAACCUGUUCAUCAAGACGGAGGUUGAUGGACAAAAGGAGCCAACACCAGUUCGAGCUUUAGCCCGACACAAAGUGUUAGACAUUACGAUGGGUUUACAUCACUCAGCCGUCAUAGUAGAACCAGGUCAUGUCUACACAUUUGGACGCAACACCGAAGGUCAACUGGGGAUUAGUAACACUAAAGAUUGUAGUGCACCAGUGGAGGCCAAAUCUAUUGUUGACAGUACUAUAAAUAGAGUCCAAUGUGGUGACCAUUAUACUGCGGCCAGUACAGUCAACAAUGAAUUGUACUACUGGGGACUUCGCUUCAAGGUGCCCUCCUUACAAUCAAAUGUGACAAAGGACAAUGACAGUUGCUCCAGCACGAAUGGUAGUGUGAUUAACAAGGAUGACAUUCGCCUGGAGAGUGUCACACCAAGGGAGACAACCAGAGAGGACGUUCAGAUGGAGUGUGUUACUCCCAGGAGAGGUUCACACUCACGACAAGCCAGUCUCACCAGUAUAUCUAGCUUAGCCAGUACAAAGGAGUCGGGGCUGGUCUCUAGUCGGGAUGGUACCAUGGGAUCCAGUGUCACAGAUGUGGGUAACCAUGACAACAAUAACCAGGAUACAUCGAAGAAUGACGGUAGUCUAGACAGCAUUAACACUGGUUCCAGCCACAGGAGACAGGAGAGUGUAGACAGUGCCUUUUCUCAGGGAUUGACAGACAGUGGUAUUACAAGCUCCCAGGCUAACACUCCAUCUGACACCAGUAGUCUGACACGACCAGGUGGAUUCAGACCUCUCAGUAGUGUGCCACGGCGGACAUCGAGUGCCAGUAGUAGCCGGGAGAACAGUAAAGACAAGGACAAAGAUAAGGACAAAGAUAAGGACACUGAGAUUAACAAGGAUGAGUCGGAGAUUAUCUUCCCUCCUAUGCAUCUGAUGAAAAUCAGCAAAUCAGAUGAAUCCUUGACAAUCAGCAGCUUCUUUUGUCAUGGUGAGAACCUGUUUGUGCAGUUAGAGACGUCCGCUCCUCCUCCUCGACGCAAAAGUCGCAAGAAACGAGGAAUCAGGAAGAGAUCUAGUGGAAAUACUCUCACUGUGCCAAAAGAUAAGGCCCUACUCUUCUCCGCGUCUAGUCGGGAGGGUGGGGACGAAUACUCGUCAGAGGCCUCCGAGAUGGACACACAAGGAACGGUCCCUCGUUGGAUAAAGGAAGAGCUUGCAAGCAGUGAACGGGAGAUAAAUGAUGGAAAUGAGGCUGAUGACACAAGCGACCAAUCAGAUGAUGAAUUGUCACGGAGAAUGGUUGACAGCUCAAUGUCCAGUAUACAGAUCAACAAGGAACUCACACCAGCAAAGAAUCUAGAGACAAUGAGUCCUCGAGUAAAACAGAAAAAGCCAAACACAGAGGAUCUAGAAAAAACAAUGGCAGAGGUUCAAGGGCGAAGUAGAGACCGGUCAAUGUCUGCGAACAGUACGGAGAGUGAAGUGGACUUCCCUUCCGGAAGUGUCCACUCGGACAGCUCCAAGGAAAACAUACAUGUUCCUGGUCAUCGACGUAAACUCAGCGAUUCCAGUAACUUUAUAAAGAGGAAUAUCCAAGUUACGAGUCGUAAAUCAUCAGCUCCUGUAGGGAAUCGAAAUCGCCUUCCCCCGGGGCCUCAGAAACCCUCGAGUCGACGUGAGAGGUCUGCCUCGCAAUCAGGGGACACGAUGAUGAAAGAACAGUUGGCAGCUCGAGGAUUUGUGUCUGAUGUUACUGUUCGUCGCCGCCAGGAGGCACUGCAGAACGAGCUUGAAAUAACUCGUGAAGAAAAACAAAGAGCCGAAGAAAAGAUUCGAAAUCUUGAGAUGGAAUACAGACACAAAGAGGAGCUGUUACGUCAGGAGGCGGAGCUUCAAGUCAUGAGGAGAGAAAAAAACCUUGAGGAGCAAAUUGAAAUGUUGAAAACCGAACUUCAAAAUCAGAAUUCACAGUUGAAGGACAAUCAGAGAAUGGUGCUAUCAUUAAAGGAGGAGCUCACAAAGGUCAAGACAGAGUCGGGUUCGGGGCAGUCGUCAAGAAGUCAGUCGGGUGGAAAGGAAAGUAGAGUCUGUACAGUUCAGUGAUCAAAGUUCAAAGUUCAUUUGAAGAUCUUCAACUCUAAAUACAUGUACUUCAAAGCAUUUAAACUCCAUUAAUUCACUUAAUCAUAUCAUGUUUUAUUAAUUGGGGUCAAAGUUCAUCUUUAAAAUUUUUGUCCCAUCAAGGUUAAGUAAAUGUUUAUCAUUUACUGUAUAACAUGAAAUGUUUGUUGUGUAUAAACUUGGAAUUCUUUGUUUUCAUAGUUACUAUAAAAUAUUGUUGUGUUUUAUUUUUACAUUAAUGUUGAGCUAAAACAAAAGUUUGUACCAACAAAAUGAGUUUGACCUCCAAACCACAAAAGAAAGUACACAUGAACAUUUCAUGUUAUUCAGUAUUUGACCUGCAAAAGAAUCAGUUUCAUUUGCGGAAAUGUGUAAAUGAAGAAUUAGUUAAGUCAUUGAUAAAAAAACUCUUGAUGAAAACCCAAAUUGGAGGCAUUACUAUUAAUUAAACUCAUUUCACGGAAGUAAGAUCAUGAAAUUUCACUUAAGUAAAAUCAUGACAUUUCAUUUAAGUAAGAUCAUGUCAUUUCGCUGGAGUAAGAUCAUGUCACUUCGCUGGAGUAAGAUCGUGACAUUUCACUGUAGUAAGAUCGUGACAUUUCACUGUAGUAAGAUUGUGACAUUUCACUGUAGUAAGAUCGUGACAUUUCACUGUAGUAAGAUCAUGUCACUUCGCUGUAGUAAGAUCGUGACAUUUCACUGUAGUAAGGUCGUGACAUUUCACUGUAGUAAGAUCGUGACAUUUCACUGUAGUAAGAUCAUGUCACUUCGCUGUAGUAAGAUCAUGUCACUUCGCUGUAGUAAGAUCGUGACAUUUCACUGUAGUAAGAUCGUGACAUUUCACUGUAGUAAGAUCGCGACAUUUCACUGUAGUAAGAUUGUGACAUUUCACUGUAGUAAGAUUAUGACAUCUCACUGUAGUAAGAUCGCGACAUUUCACUGUAGUAGUAAGAUCGUGACAUUUCACUGUAGUAGUAAGAUCGCGACAUUUCACUAUAGUAGUAAGAUCGUGACAUUUCACUGUAGUAGAAAGAUCGUGACAUUUCACUGUAGUAAGAUUGCGACAUUUCACUGUAGUUAUAUCAUGACAUUUCACUGUAGUAAGAUCAUGACAUUUCACGGAAUUAAGAUCGUGACAUUUCACUGAGGUAAGAUCAUGACAUUUAACUGAGGUAAGAUCAUGACAUUUAACUGAAGUAAAAUCAUGACAUUUCACUGAAGUUUGAUCAUAAUAUUUAACUGAAUUAAGAUAAUGACAUUACACUGAAGUGAUAUGACAAUUCACUGAUUAGAAAGAUCAUGACAUUUCUCGUAAGUCGAAUCAUGACAUUUCACUGAAAUGAGAUCAUGACAUUUCACGAAAUUAAGAUCAUGACAUUUCGCUGAAGUAAGAUCAUAACAUUUCACGAAAUUAAGUUCAUGAUAUUUCACUAAAGUAAGAUCAUGACAUUUCCCUGAAAUAAGAUCAUGUCAUCUCACUAAAGGUCGUGACAUUUCACUGUAGUAAGAUCGUGACAUUUCACUGUAGUAAGAUCGUGACAUUUCACUAUAUUUACAUUUGGUGUGGCAAUGCCCUUAUAUAUUACUAGUAAAUCCCUACCAAAAGCAGCUUCAUCUAUGAGAGUAUAACUGAAGUUGCCCUGAGGGCGUAUGAAUAUCUCACUUGCAAAAAAUGUAAAAAAAAAAUUAUUUUUGCGAU